UAUAGGGUCUCACUUUCCACUUGACUAUACGGCAGAAUUUUCAAAAGGAAGAGUAAAGCUUAAAAUUCACAGAGUGCAACUAAUCGGAAACUAAUUAUACGGAUGCGUGAUUUUCGCUGAAUCAUUGAGUGCCACUUGUUCAGAAUCUUUCAAAACCAAAAAUUAGCUAUUUAAUAAGCGUUGAUGAAUCGCUUAGAAUUUAUAACAAUUUAGCAACCUACUAAGGUCAAUGGCAAUAUACUUGACUCGUGUUAAGUAAUCGCAGUGAAUAACUUUAAUUGCCUAUGCUGUUUUCUACUCGAGUUGAACCGGUUGCUUGUGUUAACAGCGAUUUCGGAUGGUCGCUUUGGUAGCGAUAAGGAUAAGAACGCAUUCGAAAUUCAUUCGUUCAACAGUUCAGUCUUUAAGGGGUCGUCUACCCAGUCGCUUGCUUUUGCCUUAAACUCCACGCUUCGCUUCACAACAUCAGCUCGAAAUGAAAGUCGAAUGGGCGCCGGCAAAUGUGCCGCCCAAGCGUCGCUUGGAGACCUUCAUCACUGGCCUUUUUACUUUGUUUUUCUUCACGCUACCUCUGACGUCACUUCUGUUAUUGGCUUCACUUCUGUUCUAUGGUGGAUUUGUGCUACGCACUCUUCUGGUGAUCUAUACGGCUUACAUAUAUGUUGAUCACAAGCGGAAUUACUCAGCUAUGGACACCAAUGGCUGGAUGAUAAAUCGCUCGAAUUUCAUAUAUCGCAUUUAUCGUAAUUAUUUUCCCGUGACAUUAGUGAAGACUGCCGAUUUGCCGGCCAAUAAAAACUAUAUACUAGCCAGCUUUCCACAUGGAAUUCUUGGAACGGGCAUUUGCAUCAAUAUGGGCCUCGACAUUAGCCAUUGGCUGAGGCUCUUUCCCCAAGUGCGUCCUAAGGUGGGCACACUCGAUCAGCAUUUUGUGAUACCCUUUCUCAGGGAUUUGCUGCGCGGGUGGGGAUUGAUUUCGGUCUCCAAGGAAUCCUUGACGUACUACCUCACCAAGCCCAAUGAUCCCAAGCAUCCGAACAAUCGUGAUGGAUUUACAUCCAAUGCAGUGGCCAUUUUGGUGGGCGGCGCUCAGGAGGCACUCGAUUCGCAUCCCGGCAAAUACAUUCUCACCCUGAAGAAUCGCAAGGGCUUUGUGAAGAUGGCCAUACGCACGGGUUCGUCCAUUGUGCCAACGAUCUCGUUUGGAGAAGUCGACAUCUUUGAUCAGGUGGACAAUCCGCCAGAUUCGACGCUGCGUCGCAUACAGACGAUUGUCAAGAAGCUGACGGGCAUCUCACCGCUGAUACCCGUGGGACGAGGCUUCUUCAACUAUACUUUUGGCUUCUUACCCUAUCGGCGACCCAUUGUCCAAGUUGUUGGAGCGCCAAUUGAUGUCAUACGCAAUGCGCAGCCGGACCCAGCUUAUGUGGAUGAGAUCCAUGGCAAGGUAAUGGAGGCACUGGAGCAAAUGUUCGAUCAGUAUAAGGAUAAAUAUAUGCCCAAUUCAACAAAGACGAAGCUGGUCAUACACUAAAUACACACACACUAACUGUUCGAGACUGGCAGCUCUCCUAUUAGAGCGUCGUAUUUGACAUUUUAAAAUCAAAGACGUAAGGUCACACUUAGGCGCAUUUGAACUGAAAAGUGCUGAUAAUAUAAAUAAAUAAUAAUAAUAAUGUUGAAAUAAGCACCAAUACGCACAAAUUAUAAUAUUCGCAGUCUUUUGAAAGUUCAAAAGUGAUUAAAAAUGAAUUAAAAUCUAGACGAAAUGUUUUAUAAGCAUUUGCUAGUUAUUUGUACACAAUAAAGAGGGUUAGUUGGUUAAUUUUAACGAAAGCGUAUGUUCUUUUAUUAUUAUUAUUAAUAUUAUUAUUAAUUUACCAAUUAAAUUUAUUACUUCGUACAUAAAUAUUAUAUACAAAAAGAAAAGUAGGAUUCGAAUUUCAUAUUGGAAAACUUAACUAAAUGUUGCUUUUGUGUUUGUGCCAUGAUCUUUAAUCCCAUUUUUUCCAUUUAAUUUUUAACUUUUCGUUUGUAUAUACUAUAUAGAAUUUUGGUUUAACAACUAUAUAUAAGGAAUUUUAAAAAUACAAUAUUAUUCUACA